AGAGGGGGGGGGUGAGUGUAUAUGUGCGUUUCCCCCGCUCCCCCUUCCUCAGCCACACACACAAACACACACAGGCGCACCGCUCCUUCCUUCCCGCCUUGCUGUGUGUGAACUCCAAUGUAGAUGCUCUCCAUAGCCGGGAGGAAGGCAUGCGAAGCUGCAAAAUGGUCCGAGUGGUGAGCGUCCUGGGUCUGGUGAUGCUCAGCGUGGCUCUCCUGAUCUUGUCCUUCAUCAGCUACGUCUCCCUGAAAAAAGACAAUAUCUUCACCACUCCCAAAUAUGCCAACACGGGGGUGCCCAGGAUGUAUAUGUUCCACGCCGGAUUCAGGUCCCAGUUUGCACUGAAGUUCCUUGAUCCUUCAUUUGUACCCAAUACAAACUCCUUGAACCAUGAAUUGCAGGAUAAAUCUCCCAAAUGGACAUUCAACAGAACAGCAUUCUUGCAGCAAAGGCGAGAAAUACUUCAGCAUGUUGACGUGAUCAAAAACUUUUCUUUGACAAAGAAUAUGGUUCGGAUUGGACAGCUGAUGCAUUAUGACUAUUCCAGCCAUAAGUAUGUUUUCUCCAUUAGUAAUAGUUUCCGAAUGUUGCUCCCAGAUGUCUCGCCAAUCCAGAACAAGCACUAUAACAUUUGCGCCGUUGUCGGAAACAGUGGAAUCCUGGUCGGCAGUCAGUGCGGGCAGGAAAUAGAUAAAUACGAUUUUGUUUUCCGUUGUAAUUUUGCCCCAACAGAGGCAUUCCACAAAGAUGUUGGGAGGAAAACCAACAUCACAACGUUCAAUCCUAGCAUUCUGGAGAAGUAUUACAACAACCUUUUGACCAUUCAAGAUCGCAAUAACUUUUUUCUAAGCUUGAAGAAGCUUGAUGGAGCCAUCCUUUGGAUCCCGGCCUUCUUCUUCCACACAUCGGCAACCAUUACAAGAACAUUGGUUGACUUCUUUAUUGAGCAUCGAGCGCAAUUAAAAGUCCAGUUGGCUUGGCCUGGAAAUAUCAUGCAACAUGUUAACAGAUAUUGGAGGAACAAGCACCUGGCCCCCAAGCGGCUCAGCACAGGGAUCCUCAUGUAUACCUUAGCCUCGGCAAUUUGUGAUGAAAUCCAUCUGUAUGGGUUCUGGCCCUUUGGGUUUAAUCCAAACAACCGAGAAGACCUUCCAUAUCAUUACUUUGACAAGAAAGGAACAAAGUUUACCACCAAAUGGCAAGAGUCCCAUCAGCUCCCUGCCGAAUUCCAACAGCUGUUUCGAAUGCAUAGCGAAGGUCUAGCAAAGCUGACUCUGUCCCACUGUGCCUAAGAAUUGAACUUAUGAAGUGCCAAAUGAUUGUUGUUGCUAUUUUUCUGUUUUUUCAAAAAAGUGCCCAAAAUGAAUUCACUGUUUUUCAAAACAGAGAUCUACAAGGGAAAAAAAGUGUUAAGAAAGGGGAUUCUUUUAAUUCAGAGGUGCAUCGAGACCACCCUUUUAUUGCUCACUUUCCUAGGCGUAGGAAAGCAACUGAAGCAUAUUUAGGUCUGCAGAAGCAGUUCUGUUUUUCAUACAGGAAGAAAGUAAAAACUGUUUAGGACAGAGUUUUUUUUCCAUUUCUAGGUCUGCUGCCAAGAAUGUUCUCCUGAAAGUAUUUUCAUAGUCAUUGAGAUUUCACUUUUUGCCAGACAUCUCAAAAUACCCACUGUUAGAAUUCCUGUGCUUGCUUAUUUGGACUUGUUUGCUAUCUCGGCUAUUUUGUGCUGCUGCUAUUGAGUUGUUCUUUCAUGGUCAGUUUGGAAACAGAUCCUGAUGUUCCAUAAAAGGAUGGCUUGCCACCCGUAUUAGGUGUAUCCUUCGAAGGAAGUGGCGAUUGAAUUCUUCCCAAGUCAAACUCAAUGGAGACUGAAAGGUAUUUUCUGCGCAUGCUGACCUUGAUGGAA